GCCAAAAGCUUAUUAUUAUUAACGUUUCUAACUGGCUUCCUUAUUUUUUUAUUUAAGAUUAACUCUAUUUCCGUAGAACUAUUUGCUAAUUAUUCUGGUCUUGUUUUUUUACCUGUUUAUGUUUUAGAAAAGACCCAAAUGGGCACUGUUCAAGAAACUAUUCACCAUGGCAUAAUUGCCGCCGAUUUUCUUUGGACCACUAAACGAGUUGUCCAGGCUAUCGAGCUGUGGAACGAGUGCUUAACACUACUAAACAACAAAAUCUUAGAAAACGAACAUGAACUUACCACAAUAGUGCGUAUAGCGCUGAACAAGAGGCUGUUUUAUGGAAAUGCUGCUAUUACGAAACUUUCACCAGCUAUAGAAUCUGGCAAAAAGCUUUUAGUCCUACUUCGUAAUCUUAGGAGAAAAGAAAAAGAAGGUAACACAGCCUUGAUGUUAUCAAAACUGUACUUUCAAAAAAGUGAAUACCAGGAAGCACAAGCAGUCCUCAAAAUUGCACUCUGCGUUUACAAAGAAAUCGAACACAAAGACGGAGAGGCGUCAUGCUGCGGAAACCUAGGAAAUGUGUUUCAGUCUGUCGGAGAAUAUGCCAAGGCUGAAGAAUAUCUUCAUAAAGCACUUACCAUCAAGACAGAAAUUGGCGACAGAAACGGAGAAGCGACAUGCUACGUAAACCUAGGAAAUGUGUUUCGAUCUGUCGGAGAAUAUGCCAAGGCUAAAGAAUAUCUUCAUAAAGCACUUACCAUCAAGACAGAAAUUGGCGACAGAAACGGAGAAGCGAAAUGCUACGGAAACCUAGCAGCUGGGUUUCUAUCUGUCGGACAAUAUGCCAAGGCUGAAGAAUAUCUUCAUAAAGCACUUACCAUCAAGACAGAAAUUGGCGACAGAAACGGAGAAGCGACAUGCUACAUAAACCUAGGAAAUGUGUUUCGUUCUGUCGGAGAAUAUGCCAAGGCUGAAGAAUAUCUUCAUAAAGCACUUACCAUCAACACAGAAAUUGGCGACAGAAACGGAGAAGCGACAUGCUACGGAAACCUAGGAAAUGUGUUUCAAUCUGUCGGAGAAUAUGCCAAGGCUGAAGAAUAUCUUCAUAAAGCACUUACCAUCAAGACAGAAAUUGGCGACAGAAACGGAGAAGCGACAUGCUACGGAAACCUAGGAAAUGUGUUUCAUUCUGUCGGAGAAUAUGCCAAGGCUGAAGAAUAUCUUCAUAAAGCACUUACCAUCAAGACAGAAAUUGGCGACAGAAACGGAGAAGCGUCAUGCUACGUAAACCUAGGAAAUGUGUUUCAAUCUGUCGGAGAAUAUGCCAAGGCUGAAGAAUAUCUUCAUAAAGCUUCGGAAACCUAGGAAAUGUGUUUCAAUCUGUCGGAAAGCUGAAGAACUUACCAUCAAGACUGAAAUUCAUAAAGCACUCCCCAUCAACACAGAAAUUGGCGACAAACACGGAGAAGCGUCAUGCUACAGAACCCUAGGAGCUGUGUUUGAAUCUGUCGGAGAAUAUGCCAAGGCUGAAGAAUAUCUUCAUAAAGCACUUGCCAUCAGCGCAAAAAUUGGCGACAAAAACGGAGUAGCGUCAUGUCACAUAAACCUAGGAAAUGUGUUUCAAUCUGUCGGAGAAUAUGCCAAGGCUGAAGAAUAUCUUCAUAAAGCACUUACCAUCAAGACAGAAAUUGGCGACAGAAACGGAGAAGCGUCAUGCUACGUAAACCUAGGAAAUGUGUUUCAAUCUGUCGGAGAAUAUGCCAAGGCUGAAGAAUAUCUUCAUAAAGCACUUACCAUCAAGACAGAAAUUGGCGACAGAAACGGAGAAGCGUCAUGCUACGUAAACCUAGGAAAUGUGUUUGAAUCUGUCGGAGAAUAUGCCAAGGCUGAAGAAUAUCUUCAUAAAGCACUUACCAUCAACACAGAAAUUGGCGACAGAAACGGAGAAGCGUCAUGCUACGUAAACCUAGGAAAUGUGUUUCAAUCUGUCGGAGAAUAUGCCAAGGCUGAAGAAUAUCUUCAUAAAGCACACCACCAUCAAGACAGAAAUUGGCGACAGAAACGGGAGAAGCGUCAUGGCGUAAACCUAGGAAAAAUCUGUCGGAGAAUAUGUGUUUGGUUCUGUCGGAGAAUAUGCCAAGGCUGAAGAAUAUCUUCAUAAAGCACUUCCCAUCAACACAGAAAUUGGCGACAGAAACGGAGAAGCGACAUGCUACGUAAACCUAGGAAAUGUGUUUGAAUCUGUCGGAGAAUAUGCCAAGGCUGAAGAAUAUCUUCAUAAAAACUUACCAUCAACACCAUCAAAACAGAAAUUGGCGACAGAAACGGGAGAAGCUGAAGACAUGCUACGUAAACCUAGGAAAUGUGUUUGAAUCUGUCGGAGAAUAUGCCAAGGCUGAAGAAUAUCUUCAUAAAGCACUUACCAUCAACACAGAAAUUGGCGACAGAAACGGAGAAGCGACAUGCUACGUAAACCUAGGAAAUGUGUUUCAAUCUGUCGGAGAAUAUGCCAAGGCUGAAGAAUAUCUUCAUAAAGCACUUACCAUCAAGACAGAAAUUGGCGACAGAAACGGAGAAGCGUCAUGCUACGUAAACCUAGGAAAUGUGUUUGAAUCUGUCGGAGAAUAUGCCAAGGCUGAAGAAUAUCUUCAUAAAGCACUUACCAUCAACACAGAAAUUGGCGACAGAAACGGAGAAGCGUCAUGCUACGGACACCUAGGAGCUCUGUUUGUACAUGUAGGAGAAUAUGGCAAGGCUGAAGAAAAUCUUCAUACAGCACUUACCACCAACACAGAAAUUGGCGACAAAGACGGAGAAGCGUCUCGCUACCUAAAGCUAGGAAACACAUCUCAAGCCUUAUCGGAUCUCUGGUCAAGCAUUCAAAUUUACGAAAAAAUGCUUACUUCUCUAGGAAGCAAAGAUCGCCACAAUAUAUCAUUUUUUGACAAGAACGCGUCUCCCUAUCGGCUGUUUUGUUCAUUGAGUUGUUCUUGUGGGAAACCCUAUGAAGCUUUACACGCUGCUGAACUUGGACGGGCCAGAGCUCUAGCAGAACUUAUGUCAAAUCGCUACUCCAUUGAAAAAGAAAUAUCCAUCAACCCACAAUCGUUUGUUGGCAUCGCGGAAGUAAUUAAGAAAAAUGGCAACAGCACCUGCCUCUACAUCUCCUAUGACUACGAUGACAAUAUAUUUUUGUGGGUUUUGAAACAAAACAAACCGGUAGCUUUCCGAAGAACGAAACUUUGUGAAAGCUAUGUUAGCAAGCAUGGCAAAAUCUCUGUGUAUGACCUGUUUGGAAACGAAAGCUUAUUAAGAAAAUUUCACGUUUUACCUCAAGAGCAAUGCGAAGACCGAUCACUCUUCUCUUCAUUCGCCAACCAACUUACAAACGAAUCAAAUCUGGAAAAUAGUCUCUCAACCUUGCGUCCUCUUUUAGAUGAGGGAGAAGUAUACACGGACCCUGAACCGCCAACACUUUUUCAGGUUUACAACAUGUUGAUUGCUCCCGUGAGUGACUUGCUAGAAGGAUCUGAAAUCAUUGUUGUUCCUGAUCGCUGCUUCUUCCAAGUUCCGUUUGCAGCAUUACACGAUGAAAGUAGCCGCUAUUUAUCAGAUUCUUUCAGGAUACGAAUUGUCCCUUCUUUGACGACUCUCAAGCUCAUUCUGGACAGUCCAGCCGACUCUCACAGCGAAACUGGUGCAUUGAUUGUGGGUGAGCCAAGAGUGACGGAUGUGUAUUUCAAGGGAGUGUUAAGGUAUCUCUGUCCAUUGCCUGGCGCGAAAGGGGAAGCAGAGAUGAUUGCGAGACUACUACCUGAAUCUCACCUUUUAAUAGGAGAGCAAGCAACAAAGCAGGCGGUUCUUCAGAGAAUACCCUCAGUGAGCCUCGUACAUUUCGCUGCUCAUGGUGAUGCCGAAAGAGGAGAAAUUGCUCUUACCCCCGCUGACUCCACAGUGGAGUUUCCACACGAAGCAGACUACUUACUGUCAAUGACCGACAUUUCACAAGUUAGACUGUCAGCCAAACUGGUGGUCCUUAGUUGUUGCCAUACCGCACGUGGACAGAUCAAAACAGAGGGCGUUGUUGGAAUCGCUCGAGCAUUCUUAGGAUCGGGUGCACGCUCAGUGUUGGUGGCAUUGUGGGCCUUACAAGACAGAGCAACAGAGGAGUUCAUGGGAAGAUUCUACGAAAACCUUGUCCAAGGGAAAAGUGCAAGCGAAAGUCUUCACCGGGCCAUGAAGUGGAUGCGAAAUAACGGUUUCUCAGAAGUGAGGCAGUGGGCACCUUUCAUGCUGAUUGGGGAUGACGUGUCAUUUCACUUUGGUGAAGAAAAGUGA